UGUCAUAUCAUAACAACAAUAACAAUCGAGAGGAAAGAGUGAAAAGAAGUUUGAAUCUUGGAAACGACCAUCCAUAGAGAGAGAGAGAGAAGAAAAUAUUUCAAAUUUCUAACAUGAAAUAAGAAAUGAAAAUAAUUAAUAAUUGCUCUGAACAAAUUUCGAAAAAAAAUCAUUUAGCAAAUGACGCCAGCCUAUUACCUUCAUUAUGUAUCCCGAAAAUGUUCACUCAAGCUUUUUGUUGGGAACUAAUUUUGUUUAUACACUUUUCAAGGCAGCCAUUCACUUUGCUGAAACAGGAUUACAUGUAUGGUUCAUAUCCUCUGAAGCUUUUGACAAGGUGCCAGAAAAUAUUAUUCCACCAGAUAAACAUACUUUACGUCUGAUAACUUUUGUUUACCUCAAAGACUACAAAUCUCUCAUCAGUCACCUCAACACUAUUCACAUGUGGCACAAAAUUCCAAAUGUCAUUAUAAUAUCUGGAUUUGAUGCGUACACGAACUUGUUUGAAGAGGACUACAAUGCACAAAAAGCUGCUUUUUUAUCAACAUCACUAUUGGAUUGCGGUUCAGUUUGUGCCAAGAAAAAGCAAUCACCAUCAUACUUAUUAUUAACUGCAGAAGAUUCUUUGGAAAUUUAUAAAGAACGACUCCAAGUUUUGCACGACAUGUAUUUUCCAGAGAUUAUACAAGGUGUGAAAGAUGCAGAUCUUCUGAAAGCAAUUAUUGAUUCUUAUAGUAAACAAGUGAAAAGGUAGUUUGAAGCAUUUUGGACAAGAGAAACUAGGCUGUUGUUACUAUGUUUUUUUAUUAGCAUGUCAAUACUAACGUUAACUAAGUAUCUGUAAGUCUCACAAAUAUCGCUACAUCAAAGUAAAGAAGUGAGUAUUUUCAACGCAUUAAAAAUCAUUUGCAGAUACUUAGAAUUCACAUUAAAUAAAUUACAUUAAAAAUAUAUGUACAUUAGUAAAAUAGUGAAUAACAUUUUGUAAAUAAGU